AUAGGAGGAGAUGUCGUGUCCAGCCAUCGGCACCCUCAAAGCACGGAUACGGUACAUCCGUACCUUUCUUGCUGUUCUCUCGUAAGAAACUCGAGAUGAAAGGAAGAUAGGGUUAGGGCUGUGCUCACUCUAACAUAAGCCUACUUUACUGAAAAUUUAUGUUCUCUGUACGUAGGUAUACUACCAACACCCUUCAGAACAAACCAACCAACCAUUCACGAUUUGACGACUUUUCCACAUCCAUACAAUGUCCUCAGCUCCUGGCCUUUUCCGUAUCAUUUCUCUUAUUUUUACUUUGCUUGAUUUUCCCCCCUCCCUUUUCCUCGCGUGACUGUAGCACUUCAAACCGAGGAAGACACCGGACAUGCAAUUUUUACAAUGAAAACUGCUUGACCCCACCCGUGCACGCAGCAAUUGAUUCGAUUUCCACUUCCAACAUUUGGCUCCGUCUUAGCUGCUGGUCCAGCUAUCUCCACCCUCAGAUGCUUUGUAAUCACUCCUCCGAUCGCGGGGUUGCUCUUUUGAACCCAGCAAGUUGGCAAACACAGAAACCACACUUCACGUAGUAUCUCACGUCAAGAGACAAGAUGACCGGAAUCGCACUGCUUGGAGCAGGCAUCUUCGCGCGGGAGGGCAAAGCACCUCCCCGCCAUCGAAGCCAGUCCAACCCUGACCCUCAAAGCAGUCUACUCGCGCUCGCAGCAGUCGGCUGAGGCGCUGGCUGCCGCCUCAAAGGACCCCUCGUCUGUAGCAGUUUACUUUGACAAGCCCGCCGUCGAGGGCAAGACGC